AGUCCUUCGGCGCGCUUCACCCGCGACACGCGUCGGCUGUGGAGUCAUGUGAUAGGCGAACUAGCCGAGUGUCGGCCCUUCUUAUGGCGCGCUCCCCGAAGGCCAAGGCGGCUCAUCGCCGCACCAGAAGCCACUCCCGGGAGCUCACCAGGAUCCGGGCCCAACUUUACGCAAAAGGAAACAUUCAGUCCAAUGGUGAUUGGAUGACGGUCUCGGGUCGGUCGCCGGACAAAGAGCAACCGCCCUCGCAGCAGAUCAGCCACGCCGAGCCGCUGGUGCAGUCGGUGCGUGCGUACCUGUCACGCGAACUGCCCGCCGAGCCGCAAUCGCCUUCGCCCCCGCUCUGCCAUGCCGAUAUAGCGGCCGACACCGCGCGCGAAGAGAUCAAAGGCAUCAACUUUGAGCCCCGCCUUCGUCGGAAUGAUCUAAACAAUAACCCGUCCGCCCGUCAGAACGAAUCGCGUGAAAUGCCUAACCUAGCAGAACUAUUGCAGCGACAGCCGCUGCUGUCGCGCAAGGCAGACGCCCCGCAGCCCACGACGGAUGAAUCGGAUCCAGAGCAUUCGCCCCAGCGCACCCACACCGGUGACUUUAUCGUUGAACUGCCGCCCGGCACCGUCAGGGAAGAGCGUUACCCGAAAGAGAUAGGCAAGACUAUCGUAUCGUUCUUUUUCCUAUUUAUUUGCGUGUGUAUCAACAUGAUGUCCCUGUCGCUCGUACACGAGCGGCUUCCGGACAGAAACACCACUGCGCCACUCAGUGACAUCGUUCUCGACAACGUGACCGCCAGAGACUGGGGCCUGUCCGUCUCCGAGUACCUCAUAAUGAUUUCCACCACGGUGGCGAUGCUAGUCGUCAUUCUGCAUAAGCAUCGCUUUAUCGUCGCCCGCCGCCUCUUCUUCAUCAUCGGGCUACUCUACUUGUAUCGGUCUCUUACCAUGUACGUGACGGUCUUGCCCGUGUCUAGCACCACGUACUACUGCAGUCCGAAGAGCAACAACACUACGCCGCUCCUUAUCAUCAAACGAAUGUUCUAUUUGAUAUCCGGGUUCGGACUAUCGAUCAAUGGCAAGCAUACUUACUGCGGAGACUUCAUUUACUCCGGGCACACCAUGAUCCUCGUGCUGAGCUACUUGAUAGUGGCGGAGUACUCCCCCAAGAAGCUGUGGCCGAUGCACUGGGCCAUGUGGGCGUCGGCGUGCGUGGGCGUGGUGUUCGUGCUGGUGGCGCACGGCCACUACACCGUGGACGUGGUGAUCGCCUACUACAUCACCACGCGCCUCUUCUGGACCUUCCACUCGCUGCUGGUGACGCCGCACCGCGCCGGUGGUGGCUACAACCACUACAUGAUUCAACGCGAGUGGUGGUACUGGCUAUUCACGUACCUGGAAGGCAACGUGCGCGGCCCGGUACCGCGCCGCUACGACUGGCCGCUGUUCUGGCCGCGCACGAAGCUCUUUAGCCGCCUCAGCUAGUGACGCGCGCGACCGCCGUCGCCUCCGCCACCGGAACGCGUAUGACGCUCACCUUCUGCGAAUGCCGCUUCAGCACCUGCAGCUCUUUGGGACUGGUUCGCGUGCAGAUCGCCAGAGUGAGCGUGUAGUCGAACUGAUGGACGAUCAAGUUCAGGUAGACGGUCUCCUCCCAGUCGAUCUCGGGGUCGCCGAUCGGGAGCUUCUUGGAGUCCUUACGGAAGACCUCGACGUCGGUCUGCGAACACAGGGCGGCGCCGCGGCACCUUAGUUUCGAUCUAAACGUGUCGGCGUAUGGCUCCUGUCUAAAUGCCCUGAACAUCUCUAUGCUUUUAUUGCUAUGUUAGAAUAAGGCCCUGAACAAUAACAACAAAUCAAUUGUAGAAACUAAAAUAUUUGAUUUUAUUGUUUUGUAUUAUAUAAUAUUUUAUAAGUAGUUAUUAAUAGCAAUCAAUUUCGAGUCUAACAAAGAAGAUUCUAUUUAUUAACAAAAUAUACUGUGAUUCGUGUUUGAGAAUGACCGACUGAGGUUUUUGUGUGCAGUUAGUGAGUGCUCAUGUUGAUGAAUUUUCUAAGUACAUUCUUGUUGUAAUACCUGCCUAAUGUAAUAAGAAAAAAUAUUUUUAUAUUGUUUAAAUAAAGUACAUUAUAACUGUUUUUAAAAAA